AUGAGAGCAAAGCUUCGUGAUACUGCAGUAGAAAAACUUAAAGUAUGGUGCAUUGGAAAAUUGAUGCCGCCAGAUGAUAAAACGUCUCAAAACUCUUCCAUUUGUGAUGUUAUUCUAAUGAUGCCUAUAUUCUCUAGGGAUUUGUCUGAUCUUAUUUCAGAUUAUCUGAAUGAGGCUUUGAAUACAGUGAUCAAGCAAAAGUGCUCAAAUACUUCAGAUGCCUUUUAUUAUUGCCAUCAUUUUAAUCAUUCAUAUUGGCGACAACAGAAAUGUCGACUGUCUAAUAAACUACAAUGUAAAAAUAAUGAAAGUGCUCUGUGUUUUUCUUGUUCUCAUAUGUCAUAUAAUUGUGACAAAUUAAAUUUAUCAUCUGUCAGACAAAGAAUGAAUUCUACAAUAACAUUAGAAGGUGUAAAUAAAAAGGAAUAUUCCUAUCAUUUACCUGAUUUUGGAAAUGCUAUUCAACCUCUCAGUUAUGUAACAUCAUCUAUACAGAAAGGAGAAAACAGCAUACUCAACCAGGAAUUGUUAUUGAAUGUAACAGACCCGAUUUAUCUGUGCUCCUUAUUAAAUGACCUAUUCAGAGAAUAUGAACAUAUAAAUGGCUCCUUAAACACUGAUAAAGAAGUAUCCAGUGUGCAGCCAGUUCAAGAAGAAUUGAAUGCACCUAGAAUUGAACCAGUUAACCGUGUUAGACAUAAAAGAAAUUCUGAAAUGCAGACAACAGGUUUAUACUCACCUAUGAGUUCACAGCUUCUACCUCCAAGAAACUUACAAAUAGUACCUCUCAACUUUGGCUCUUUAAACAUAUCAUGGAUGCCAGCUAGAAGAAAUGAACGCUUUAUAACGCACUAUGAGUUAAUCUUAUUUAGCCUCAAUGAAUUAUCAGAACGUCCUAUUGACCAUUGUCCUAGAAUAAAAACAAUUUAUAACCAUACUGAUCAUUUUGUAUAUCAGGCACCGUCAGCCCAACACAGUCGUCAAUUAGUUAUCAAUAUUACAGCUCCAUCUGACCAUGCCAUAAUCACUGGACUACCACCGGAUACUUUUUAUCGUGUACUUCUUUUCGCUGUUGGUAAUGCUUUAAGAAGUCCACCAGCCACUAUGCCAUCAUCUCCACGGGUACCAGCACUUUCUCCAAGAACUCCUCCUGAAAAUGUCAAAGUUACUUCACGUGGGACACAAAGUGCCAAAAUUUCAUGGAGCCCACCAAGUGAUAUAGAUUGUACAGGAGAACUCAUAGAUUAUGUAAUCAACAUUAAUUCUUCUCGUCUAAUAGAACCAAUGGUUAUCAAAGUUCCAAGAUCAAGGAGAAGUCAUGUUGUUGAAAACCUUAUUCCUGGAACUUUUUACACUGUACAAGUGUCAGCAACUAAUAGAGGUGGAUUAGGCGUACCAUCGAAAGUUAUUCACUUUCAGACGAGUGGUGAACUUCCAAAAAUAGAUCCAGAUGAAUUAGAGACGAUAGAAAUGACUGAUUCAACUAUAGAAUUUAAUAUGGAGAAACAAAAUGCUGAUUUCUUUGAAGAUGAAAAUAAAGCAGACGAAUGGAUUGAUUCAUCGCAACAACAACAACACCAAGGUGGAAAUUCACCCUUAUACGUUAUACCAUCACGCAUUCAUAAUCUACGCGCAACUGUGACCCAAACCUCAAUAAAAUUAAAAUGGUCAGUAGCACUAAGACAAAUCAACAUGGAAAGUGAAACACACCUGUUUGACAAUAUAGAUUAUGAGUAUACCUCAUUAAUUAAUCCAAGACAUUUAAUUCCUGUUUCAAUGAAAAGUGAAGGGCAUUCAAUUGAUAAAACGGGAUUAUUACCACCAGGAACAAAAUAUGUUAUUCGAUGGGGCGAUAUGCAUCCAGGCCCAUCAGAGGAUACAGUUCAAGGCGAUCAAACACAGUAUACAAUUGAAAAUCUCAGACCCGGAACCAUUUAUUAUAUUCGUGUGAUAUCCGUCACUGAAGGUGGAAAUGGUCCUGCAGCUUAUACUGUUGUCAUGACUCAAGAUUCUUCAACAACGACUAAAUCCACAAAUCACGGUUUACUGAUACCUGUCAAUUUAGUUGUCCGACAAUUAGGUUCUACUUGGGCACGUAUAGGUUGGGAAAUGCCUAAUAUUCCACAGUCUGUUAAAAUGUCAAUUAGUGGAUUUCAAGUGAAGUAUUAUCAAGUAAAAUCCAGCAGUCAAGAUGAAUAUAACAAUGAGUUGGAAGAUUCAAUUUCAAUUGGUGAGAAAUCUUCGACACUACAGUCGGUUGACAAAAAUCAUGAAAUGAAAUUGAUCAAUAUGACCUUAUCACCGAAUCAGUUUCAGGCGGAAAAUUUCGAUUUAACUCUCCGCAAUCUCAAGCCUGCAACUCAAUACGAGUUUGGUGUUCGUAUGCUGAAUAAUGAAAUGACAAUAGACAGACAUGAUAUAGAUAAACAUCAAAGGACAGCAAAGACUUAUUUUUGGAGCAUGGUUCAAGGAUUUGAGACCUUUGGUAGAAGUCCAAAGGAUGCCCCCUCAAACAUUCGAUUGACAAAAUUAAAGCUAAACAAUCGAUUGCAUACUAAACUUCAGCUACUAGACUUCUCAUCAGCCAGCACUUCUACUGCUUCUACAACAAUUUCUUCUGAACUUGAAGAUUCUUCAACUUUAGUGCAUGCCAGCAGAACUCAUGAAAAAGACAGUCCCAGUUCACGACUUGCUGUAACAAUGUUAAUUAAAUGGGAUCCACCGAGUUAUCCAAACGGAAGAAUUCUUGGGUCAGUUUUAUAUUUAACUACUAACUCAAAACAGUCUAAAGGGAAAUGGAUAGAAAGAAUAGUAAAUGGAAAAAGUACAGAGGCUGGCUUAUUAAGAAUGCAGCCGAAUACACUAUAUUUUGUUCGAAUUAUUGCAAGAAAUCAAAAUGGGAGAUCACCGUAUUCAUCUAUCAUCGCCUUUUAUACACCAAACGCUGAUGGAACCGGUGGAGGCAUAAUCAAAUUCUCUAAAAAUUAUUAUAAUUUACACGAUAUUGAUGAACCACUGGACAAACUUAUACCAUUUCCAAAUGAAGAGGAAUUAAACAGCCUAUUAAAAAUACAGUCUAACACUGAUACUACUACUAAUAAUAAAAGAUUAAUUGAAACUGAAAAUAUACACUGGAUUAUACUAGGAGGUGUACUUGGCGGUGCAUUAGUUAUUAUGAUUGUUAUUACAAUGGUUCUGUUAAGCCGAUGUCGUAGAGCAAAGACUUCUACUAGUUUAACUAAAAGAUUAUCAAAUAGAUCACCGUACAAUUUGUCAACAUAUUCAAAUUGCCGUCAGCAUGAAGGCACUGUACAUGGACAUGAGUGUUUACAAAAGAAUGCAUCAUUUCAUGUGAAUGAUACAUGUUUAAAUGCAAAUAUUUUAGGAAGUUGCAGUCCAGCAGAAACUUUAGCUGGUGGUUCAAAUCCUGGUUCCUUGGGAGUGUGUACAGGGCAUUCAAUUACAAAUGAACAAAUUAAUCAAGGUAUUCAUAUGAAUUAUUAUCCAACACAGAAUUCUACUUGUUUACAUUCUGAUUGUAAUGCGAAAAAGAUUACAGAAACCGUACCACUACUGACUACUAAUCAGUGUAAUUGUGUUACAUCGAGUGAUGCAACAACACCGAUGAAUUGGUUACCAAAUAAUGGUGCAUUUAACAUUGGUAUGCCUGCUGGAGGAGGUUACUUUGAAGACAGACACUCUACUUCAGCAGAAAGUGAGCCAGACGGUAACAGCUCAAUAAAAAUGAACAACUGUCAUGAGGAUGGAAGAAAUUGGAGAAAUAACGCGGGCUGCAAUAAAUUCGGUCUGAAUAAACAAUGGCCGAAUGAUAAUACAGAAACAGCCAAUAUAAAAACAUCUAGUCCUCAUGAAAUGACAUUAUCAUACCUUGCCGCCGGUGUUCAAAAUCCAGUCAACUGUCAUACACAUUGUUGUCAACAACAACAGCAACAACUGAAAAAUAUGGUGAAUCCAGGUGGAUACAAAACUGCCACAGCUAUUCCAAUGCUACCACCUGUGGCCAGUUUACAAAUGUCAUGCUGUAAUAAUGCUAACAGUCUACAGACAAACUUUAAUCGUUCACGGGAUUUUCGAAGUAAUCAGAUGAAUAAAAUGACUGGAGAGCAUGGCUUAACAGGAAGUGGUAGUCUUACAGAUGAAGUGACAGCAUCAUCUCCAGGAAGCAGUGCUACUGGACGUACACAUGGUUAUCUUAGUCAAAUUUCACCGUCUCCAACAAAUACAAGCUUAAAAUUUAAAAAAUACAAUCGGAUCAUAGGGAAAUAUGACGAUGAUUAUGAUACUAAUGAUAAAUUGAUACUGAUGGCAAGUAAUAUGAACUGUAAACGUGAUGUGAAUUUCAGAAUUUCAGAUAACAAACUUGAUGGACUUGGAACACGUCAAAAGUUAAGCGUAAAUCCCCCAAGUGAUCAACCAAACAUUUCACCAAUACCACUGAGAAAAUAUCAUGGUAGUAAAGGUCAAAUACUGUGUGAUAAUCAAAGUGAAAGGUGUCAAAAUCUUGGAACAGGGAUAACCUCUCGAAAUAAUGCACUGAGCUCUGAUUAUGCUUCACAGCAAAGCAGCUUAAGUAAUAAAUCAAGUGGUUCAAGUGCAGCAAAUCAUGGGUUUUCACCAGAGAAAAAUGCCAGUUAUCCGAAUAAAGUACCAGUCAUAGAUAUGAAUACAAAUAAUCAAGAUAUAGGAGCAUCUUUUGUACUGGAUCGUGUACCGACGCCAGAGCCACAGCACAGGACAGGACCAUUUGCAAGGUUAAUGCAAUAUAAUUUAUCAGAUCAACAGGUUAGUAGGCUACAGAUACACGAUAUGGAUGAUUAUCAACCAAAUAAAAUGGGAAAUAAGAGUAGUAUAGUUCAGUCACCUGGCGUCAUGAAAAGAAAGACGCUAAAUAUCAGUGGAAGUAUUCCUGCCACUGGAGCACAAAAUGCUUUCUCACCUGAAUCAGAGGACAAUUCAGAAUUUACUAAAUGUGAAGCAACUCCUGAUACACCAGACAGUAUAUCUGAACAGGAGAUGAUGCGAGGCUUCAGUACAGAAGAACUCAACCAAGAAAUGGCCAAUUUAGAAGGAUUAAUGAAAAAUUUAUCAGAAAUCACACAAAACGAAUUUACCUGCUAAAAUAUGCAUUUACUUCAAUUUUUUGAAUUCUAAACUUUCAAAAUUUAUUUUCUCUUUUUUUCUCUUCUGUCACUCUUUAAGUCAAAGAAGUCUCAUAGGAAUAUUCUUAUUUUUUAUUUAGGUUGACUUGUUUCUUUAAGAUAAAAAUUGAAUAAUUUAUGGCAAAAACGAACCUGGCUACUCACGAGUAGCAUAAAUGUAUAGUCUAAAAAACGUUUUCGAUGGUUUUGCAUUUUUUUUCAGUUGACAAGUGAGUGAUUGGUAGUUGAGUAAAAUGUGCUAAUUUUUCCUAAGGAGACAGAGUCAACCAUUUUUAUGCUUUCUGUUAUGAGUACAUUUCAGACCAAUAGGAUUUUACUAUAUCCCUUAUAUAAUUUACAAUUUAUAAAUGAUACGUUAACUGUCUGCCUUAAUGUAUAUGCAAAUCCUUCUUCUCUAAUGUGAAGUAUUUACCCAGUGAUUAGAUGAAGGUGAUCAGACAAUUAUGCAUUCUUCUCCAUUUCUGCAUUUGGCUACUUCUAAUCUUGAAAGUUGAACAAGGGAUUCUAGUAAUGGUUGAAAUGGUG